AAAAAGCAGAAUUUUUGUGUAUAAAAAAAAAAAAAUUGAAUUUAUUUUAAAAAGAAAAAUUUGAAAGCAAAAAUGUAGACAUACAUUAACCAACCAACCAAUGAUCAUAACUAUCGGUGAUAUAAUUAAAAAAAAAAAAAUUUUAAUUCCCUUUGGUGUCAAGUUUAACUUUACAAAUGUGGCCACAAUAACGAAAAACAAAAUGUUGCAAAUUUUGCGAAAUUUCGAUCUCAAUAUAAUUACGUGGCCACUUUAAAAAGGCAAUGAAAUCGCGUAAGCUACCCAAAGGCUUCGUGCUUUGUGGCUUGAAUUGCUUAACUUUUGUUUACUUUCCAUUGGUUUUACCGAUACUGAUAUGCUCGGCCAACGAUUUCGAUUAUCGUUUGCAGAGGGUGAGGAACGUUUUAAAAGAAGUGCCCCUAAUAGAUGGACACAACGACUUACCAUGGAAUAUAAGGAAGUUUUUAAAGAAUCAAUUGAAAGAUUUUCAUUUUGGUGGCGAUUUAAGGCAAAUACAACCGUGGUCGAGCAGCGCUUGGAGUCAUACGGAUUUGCGGAGACUGAAAGAGGGCAUGGUGUCAGCACAGUUUUGGUCGGCCUAUGCCCCGUGUUCCUCACAACAUCUAGAUGCUGUACAAUUAACCUUAGAACAAAUCGAUCUUAUACGACGUCUGGUCAAUCUCUAUCCGCAUCAUAUGACUCUAGUUACAACUGCCUCAGGUAUCGAGAAAACUCACAAAAGUGGCAGAAUAGCCAGCUUAAUUGGCGUGGAAGGCGGCCACGCCAUUGGCACCAGCUUAAGUGUGCUUCGCAUGUUUUAUCAGCUUGGCGCUCGUUAUUUAACAUUAACACAUACCUGCAAUACACCUUGGGCAGAUUGUUGCAAAGUUGACGAACCGGGAAAAUAUCCUCAUAUUGGUGGAUUAUCUAAGUUCGGCAAGCUGGUUGUACAGGAGAUGAAUCGUUUGGGUAUGAUUGUUGAUUUGUCACACGUUUCGGUGCCCACCAUGCUUGACGCUUUAGGUUCUUCAAAAGCUCCUGUGAUAUUUUCGCAUUCCUCUGCUCAUGCAAUUUGUAAUAGUUCGCGCAAUGUACCCGACCAUGUUCUACAAAGAAUUGCCAUAAAUGGUGGCCUAGUGAUGGUUGCCUUCUAUCCGCAUUUUGUUAGCUGCUCCGGUCAGGCUACGCUGCACGAUGUUGUCGCUCAUAUAAAUCACAUACGCGAAGUAGCUGGUGUUGAUCAUGUGGGCAUAGGAGCCGGUUACGAUGGUGUAAAUCUUGUACCCAAAGGAUUGGAGGAUGUUUCCAAGUAUCCGUAUUUACUUGCGUCUCUCCUCGAGUCUGACAAGUGGUCAGAGGAGGAUAUCGCUAAGCUGGCUGGUAAAAAUUUAAUACGUGUAUUUAAGGAAGUUGAAGCGGUACGUGAUCAAAUGGAACUAUUAAAAAUACCACCCGUUGACCAGUCAAUUCCACCAGAGGAUAUUAUGGGCAGAUCCUAUUGUCGUUAUCAAGGACCAAGAACGUGAUUACUUAUCUUUAGUUACAAUUGUUGUUGUACAGUAAACUCAUGUAUAGUAACAAAUGGCUUUAACAGCCAUAUUGUCUUUACUUUCAUAUCGUUGUAGUUUUUAUAGAAAAAUUGAAAACAAAAACCAAAAAAAGAAAAGGAAAAAUAAGAGAAAACACAAACCACAAAUAACUACAAAUACAAGAAGAGCAAAUG